AUGGAUAUCAUUGGUAUAGUUACAUGUUUACCAUGGCUUGUCUUUGACGCAUCAUGUUAUGAUGAUAGUUUUGCGGAUUGUCUUCCGUAUAAAUAUACUGUUUUAAUGCUUGUUCUUUUUACUAUUAUUAUAACUAAUAAACAAUUUGGUACAAAACAUAUACAAUGUUGGGUACCAGCUCAGGUUACGAAAAACUAUGAAAUAAAUAGUGAGUUAUUUUAUUAUCAAUGA